AUGAAACUGUUAAUUUUCCUCUCCUUUUGCCUAGCUACUGUAUCUGCUGGAAACAAUACAAUCUGCACCAGUGGCUUCACUUUGGUCAACAGCAAAUGCUGGAAACUAUACCCAGAUCCCGCUAAUCAUACAAUCGCUGAGAGGACUUGCACUAAUGUUGGUGGCACUUUGUUCAUGACCAAGAAUGCUAUUGACAACAGAGCCCUCGCCUCGUUUGUUGAUGGCAGCGGAGUUUCUCAUGUUUGGAUGGGCUUAUUUUGCAUAGGAAACGACAAAAGCUUCUGCUACUUUGAUGACCAGAAAGGAUCACCAACUACUUAUAACAAUUUCGCUCCCGGAUUCCCAAACUCUGGAGUCGGUCGUUGUGUGUAUUAUUCUGUUCCUGGAUCACCGGGUGGGCAGUGGAUUAAUGGAGAUUGCACUGAGACGUUGUCAUAUGUCUGUGAGCUCCCACCUACACAGCCAGACAUUUGUGAUAUCAAUUUCAACAACAACUGUUACUUCCGUCUCGAAGACCAAUCCUUCAGCACAGCUCAAUUGGAAUGUCAACAGAUGUGUGGAAACUUGGUAUCAAUUCAUUCUGCAGAAGAGAAUCGAUUCAUCACUUCAAUCUACUCCCAAUCUUCCUAUGACUCAAUUCGAAUCGGAGGAAUCGCCACCUCCAAAGAUUUCAUAGUUUGGACUGAUGGAUCGACAAUGGACUAUUCAAAUCUGGAAGUGUUUGGAAGCAGUGGAAAUUGCCUGUGGUUGUCGCUUCAAACGACUGAAUAUCACUCGAAGGGUUCUUGGUUUACUGGGGAUUGCACUACACCUAAGCACUUCGUUUGCAAACGACCUAUUGGAGAUCUGAAUUGUAGUGCAACUCCACCACCACCGACAUCCGCCCCACCAACUCCGAAUCCACCAACUUGCAGCACUGGUACUUAUAUGGCGCCUGGAAUCAUCGCUUCUCCAAAUUAUCCUGGCCAGUAUAGAUCCAGCUGCGCUUAUACUCUUGCCACGUAUGGUUCUAACAAAAUUCGGAUUACUUUCAACUAUAUAUACACUUCCAAUAGUGAUGUAAUUUCUAUGUACGAUGGAGAUUCUGGAGAUGCGCCAUUAAUAUAUCAACAAUAUUCAACUUACGGAACCACAUUGAAAACAUAUAUAUCUACUGGGAACACAAUGUAUGUUUAUUUCAAGUAUAAUUCAGGAGCAACAUCUGGCUAUUCUGGAUUCAACGCAACAUUUUACUCUGUAUUUUAG